CGUUUCACAGUUUACACUGACCAAGCCUUCCCUUUUCUCUCUCUGACUGAACCCUUUUUCUGUAAUAAAAAGUCGUAUCGGCGGCUUUUUUGCGAUCCACUUUGUUUGUUAUUUGCUAUUAUUUCUGUGUGUUUUCCUUCUUUUCCUGCUAUUAAAUCUCCUCACUCAUCUACACUCUCUCACACCCAUUCCCUUCUCAUGAUUCCAUCUUCACCCAUUGUUUUCUAUACCAAAAUACGGCACUACUCCUUUCUCACACUUCAAUUCUUUGGACUGACCAAUGUUAUGAGCGUUUUGUGGGUUUGAUUUGAUCUGCUGCCCUCCAAGAUUUGUUGUUGUUGUUGUUUUUUUUUUUCCCUUUCUAUUGAUUGGAGAUUCUGGUGGUGUGAGGGUUAUGCUGAUUGGGUUUUGAUUCUUCUCUGAUUCAUUUACUCGGUAUUGGGUUUCUUUAAGCAAAUCAAUCCUGUUCAGAGCUAUGUAGGAUUUCUUUUUUGUAUGGGGAGAAUUGUGAAAAGGGCAUUCUUUUUCUCAUAGAUCUGCUCUUUUUGGCUCCGUAGUGUGUAACCCUUUUUGGCCUUUACACAUUAUUAUUAUUAUUGUUAUUAUUAUUAUUAUUAUUUAAACGAAAAGGAGGAGGGCAUAUGUAGUGUAUAUUGCUGCAAUUGUUUUUUAUUGGGCGCUGUUAAUUGUGAGGGGUGCUGAAAGUUCACUUCUGUUAUAGGUUGGGAAGCUUGUUAUCAUAUACUUGUUCUGAGGAGAAGAGAGAUUUUGCUUAUUGCAAAGGUGUUCUUUCUUGAUUAUUUGGGUAUUUUGAUUGUUGAAUGCAAAAGUGUUGUUGGUACAUCAUUCUUGGGAAACUGGGAGCUAUAUAUACUGAAAUAUCAACUUCUUUUAUUUUUCACCGAGAAUUUCAUCUAGUAAUGGAGGAGUAAGUUCUGUGGGUUGAUUAGAGGAUUUCAAAGCACCGAAAUACCUCUCAGCAGGAUUUUCAUUGGAUUUUCGUGACGGAUCCAAAUACGGAGAAUCAGGGGUGUGACUGUCUGUCUGGUCUGGAGUGCAUAUUGAAUAUAAUCCGGGCCCUGAGAAUGGGUUCCUGCUUGUCCGGAGAAAGCAGGAGCCCUGGGCCCGGUUCUCCAAAUGGGGUUGGAAAGAGGAAGGGCUCCAGAAGGAGGCUGGGCUCCCGGAGUUCCUCCUUCGACUUCAGGAGGGAGGAACAUCUGCAUAGGACUCCCGGGCGGAUGUUCUUGAAUGGUUGCAGUGAGAUUGCUUCCCUCUAUACACAGCAAGGCAAGAAAGGGACCAAUCAAGAUGCCAUGAUUGUUUGGGAGAACUUUGGUUCGAGAACAGACACAGUCUUCUGUGGGGUUUUCGAUGGUCAUGGUCCUUAUGGUCAUCUGGUCGCCAAGCGAGUUAGAGAUUCUCUUCCUCUGAAGCUGAGUGCACACUGGGAAGUCAAUAUAAAGAGUGAUGAGGUUCUUAGGGAGGUCAGUUUAAACACUACAGGUGGUUUGUACUCUGAAGAUACUUCCCUCUUAUCUGCCGACGAUGAAGCUAGAGCUUCCGUUGAUGCUGAAGAAACGGGAAAGCAGCCAGACGUCUUCCAGACACUGAAGGAGUCUUUUCUGAAGGCUUUUAAGGCCAUGGACAGGGAGUUGAGAAUGUAUGCAAAUAUUGAUUGCUUUUGCAGUGGAACAACUGCUGUGACUCUGGUCAAACAGGGUCAAGAUCUUGUGAUUGGAAAUGUUGGGGACUCAAGAGCUGUAUUAGCUACAAGAGACGAAAAUAAUCUACUGACUGCAGUUCAAUUGACUGUGGAUCUCAAACCCAACCUUCCAGCGGAAGCAGAGAGGAUCCGCAAAUGUAAAGGACGUGUCUUUGCCCUUCACGAUGAACCGGAGGUUGCAAGAGUUUGGCUACCAAACAAUGACUCCCCUGGUCUUGCUAUGGCGCGUGCAUUUGGUGAUUUCUGUCUCAAGGAGUUUGGACUUAUCUCUGUGCCUGAAAUUUCCUAUAGAUGCAUAACUGAUAAGGAUGAGUUCAUUGUCCUAGCCACAGAUGGGAUUUGGGAUGUACUAUCGAACAAGGAAGUGGUGGAGGUUGUGGGUUCUUGCCGGGCACGUUCAAAUGCAGCUCGGACCCUAGUUGAGUCAGCAGUCAGGGCUUGGAAGACCAAGUAUCCAACUUCCAAAGUUGAUGAUUGUGCUGUGGUUUGCCUUUUCCUUGACUCAAAUGAGUCUGCUGCUUCUACCGAUAAAUCCAAAGAGAAUAUCCCUUCACCUGAACAGGAUGAUGCCUCCAGGAAAGACGAUCUUCCUGGUCCGAUUGGAUUGAGCCAUUCUGGCGUUGUUGGAGCUGGAGAUGACGAUCUUCCUGGUCCUAUUGGAGGAGAGAAUGAAGAUGUUUCAGAAGCUAAUGAGGAAGUGGAUGAUGAAGUGAUACAUUCUGAAGGUGGGCAAGAAUGGUCCGCCCUUGAAGGAGUGUCCCGCGUGAACACACUCUUGACCUUGCCAAGGUUUGUACCUGGGAAAGAAGACGAGAAAGCUGCAGCAGAGAGAAAGGUUAGGAAAUAGAGACCAAGUAUAUGCAUUGCAUUUAUAUUGAAGUUGUUACAAUUCUUUUCUGUUUCCCUAAAUCGAUUUUUCAUUCUUUCGGAGAAAGAAGGGAAAAAUCUCGGUAGAUCUAAGGCCAUAUAUGUGUUUCUUGUGGAUGGGGGAGGUGGACCCGGAUAAUAUUAGAGCGUCUGGGGAUCGUCCUUUCAUUCUGUCUGUCAAUGCCGUGGAUAGAAUUGGAGUUUUGUAGCAUUCAGCUCUCCCUAUUUUCCUUCUUUCCAACAGUGUUAAAUUUGUGUGGUCUGUUUGUAUCUGCAGCUGAGGCUGGUAAUAAUUGUGGUAUUGCAGCUUCUUUAAAUUCAACUGAUCAAUUGAUUGAGACCUAAUUUCUACUUUGUGUCUUUGGUUUCUGCAACUUGUAGAUUUUUAUUGCUGA